AUGCUCUCCCGACAGACCAUUUUGCCUCGGCGCUCUGUAGAGCUGAAUGACAAAUCACAAUCGAUGCGUGUAAACGCCUUUUAUUCUCUUAUUCUUGCACAACUAACUUUUCUUUUCUUUUCCCCUUCCUCUCUCUCUCUCUCUCUCUCUCUCUCUCUCUCUUUCUUUCAAUCUACUUACAUUUCUGUAUUUUUCAUUAUCGCUUCUUAUUCUUUUUCUUCUACUUCUUUUUUCAAUCUUUUUUAUGUUUCUCUAAAUAAAUAUUUUAUAUCUUUUUCUUUCUUUCACCAUCUCUGUUUUAUCUAUCUAUCUAUCUAUCUAUCUAUCUAUCUAUCUAUCUAUCUAUCUCAUAGUGUUCAUUAUCUAUCUAUCUAUCUAUCUAUCUCAGUGUUCAUAUCUAUCUAUCUAUCUAUCUAUCUAUCUAUCUAUCUAUCUCAGUGUUCAUAUCUAUCUAUCUAUCUAUCUCAUAGUGUUCAUUAUCUAUCUAUCUAUCUAUCUAUCUAUCUCAUAGUGUUCAUAUCUAUCAUAGUUGUUCUCAUCUAUCUAUCUAUCUAUCUAUCUAUCUAUCUAUCUAUCUAUCUAUCUAUCUAUCUAUCUAUCUCUUCGUUUUUUUUUCCUAUAUUUGCUUUACCUUCCCUAUCAUUUUUUAUCUAUUUUUCUCUUUCCCUCUCUCUCUCUCUCUCCCCAUUGUACUCUGGUUUUUCUUUCCCUCUUAACUUCUCUCUCUCUCUCGCUUUCUAUCUCUCUAUCUCUAUUUCUUGUCCAGAGCACAAAUCUAUCUAUCUAUCUAUCUAUCUAUCUAUCUAUCUAUCUAUCUAUCUAUCUCAGUCUUAUUAUCUAUCUAUCUAUCUAUCUAUCUAUCUAUCUAUCUAUCUAUCUAUCUAUCUAUCUCUGUCUUUAUAUUAUCUAUCUCAGUCUUAUCUAUCUAUCUAUCUAUCUAUUUAUCUAUCUAUAAUUCAAUCUAUCUAUCUAUGUCUGUCUAUAUAUUAUCUAUCUCUGUCUAACUAUCUCAGUCUUAUUAUCUAUCUAUCUAUCUAUCUAUCUAUCUUUCUCGAUCUUUUUAUUAUCUAUCUAUCUAUAUAUAUAUAUAUAUAUAUAUAUAAUUCUUUUUAUUAUCUAUCUAUCUAUCUAUCUAUCUAUCGAUCUAUCUAUCUAUCUCAGUUUUUAUAUUAUCUAUCUCUGUCUAUCUCAGUCUUUUUAUUAUCUAUCUAUCUUUCUCGAUCUUUUUAUCUAUCUGUCUAUCUAUCUAUCUAUCUAUCUAUAUAUAUAUAUAUAUAUAUAUAUAUCAUUCUUUUUAUUAUCUAUCUAUCUAUCUAUCUAUCUAUCUAUAACUCUGUUAAUGUCUAUAUAGUGGUACAAAUUCAAAGAGUUAAAAACAAAGGAUUUUUUUUAUUACGAAAUUAUAUUUUUGAUCCUAUUCCUCUUUCUCUCUAUCCCUCUCUCUCUCUCGCCCUCUUUUUCUCUCUCUCUUUAUCUCUUCCUCUCUCUUUUUCUCUCUCUCUUUAUCUCUUCCUCUCUCUUUUUCUCUCUCUUUAUCUCUUCCUCUCUCUUUUUCUCUCUCUUUCUCCCUAUACCUCUUUCUAUCUAUCUCUAUUUAGAUCUCUAUUUUCUCACUGUCUCUUUCUCUAUCCCUCUUUCUCACUUUCUCUAUUCCUCUCUCUCGCUAUUCCUCUUUCUCUCUAUCCCUCUUCUCUUGCUAUUGAUCUUUCUCUCUAUCCCUCUCUCUCUUUCUUUCUCUCUCUCCCUCUUUCUAUCUCUCUCUAUAUAUAUCCCUAUUUUUUCACUGUCUCUUUCUCUAUCCCUCUUUCUCACUCUCUCUCACUAUCCCUCUUUCUCUCUCUCUAUUCCUCUUUCUCUCUAUCCCUCUCUCUCUCCCUCUUUUUCUCUCUUUAUCUCCUCCUCUCUCUUUUUCUCCCUAUACCUCUUUCUAUAUAUCUCUAUUUUAUUUUCUCACUGUCUCUUUCACUAUCACCCUUUCUCACUCUCUCUAUCCCUCUCUCUCGCUAUUCUUCUUUCUCUCUGUCCCUCUCUCCCUCGCUAUUCAUCUUUCUCUCUAUCCCUCUCUCUCCCCCUCAUUCUCUCUCUCCCUCUUUCUAUCUCUUUAUCUCUUCCUCUCUCUUUUUCUCUUUCUUUCUCUCUAUCCCUCUUUCUCGCUCUCUAGCCCUCUUUUUCUUACUUUGUCUUUAUUCUUCUUUCUCUCUCUUUAUCUCUCCCUCUCUAUCUCUUCCUCUUUCUCUCUCUUUCUUUCCAUCUCACUUUCUCUAUUAA